AUCCCCAUCCAGGCUCAGAUGUAGCUGCGGCUCUGAGAGAGGUAGAGGCAGAGUUUGAGCACACUGCAGAGGGAUUGCAGCUAUGGGGAACGCGCAGGAGAAACCUCCGGGCGGCGGAGGAGGGGCAGCGAGCGCGGAUCAGGCCACAGCAGGGAGUGGGACACGAAGCGGGGGUGGAAGCAGCGGGGGAAAGCCUCACAUGGCUCCAGAGAAGGGGGCGGUCAAUGGCACUCAGAGAGAAAACAGCCCUGCUGGUGGGCAAGAGAAGAAGGAGGACAGCCCUGCAGUGGACACAAGUUACCUGGAUGCUCCCGCCGGGGCCCUGCCUCCUCACCUGGCCCGGCUCAAGAAUGAAGGGAACCAUCUCUUCAAACACGGACAGUUUGGAGACGCCUUGGAGAAGUACACCCAGGCCAUUGAGGGAUGUGCUGAAGCAGGCAUUGAUAGUCCAGAGGACCUGUGUAUUCUCUACUCCAACAGAGCAGCCUGUUACCUGAAGGAGGGAAACAGCACAGACUGCAUACAGGACUGCAACAAGGCUUUGGAGCUGCAGCCCUAUUCCUUGAAGCCUCUGUUGCGUCGAGCCAUGGCCUAUGAGUCACUGGAGCGCUACAGAAAGGCCUACGUGGAUUAUAAGACCGUCCUGCAGUUAGACACAGGGAUACAGGCGGCUCACGACAGCAUCCACAGGCUCACAAAGAUGCUGAUUGAGCAGGAUGGACCCGAGUGGAGACAGAAGCUUCCAGAGAUUCCCGUCGUCCCCCUGUCUGUGCAGUUGCAACACCGAGAGAAACCAAUCAGCAUCGAGCAGGCCCAGGCCAGGGCCGCCAGAGCAGCCCAGGAGGAAGCCAGAAGAAAAGAAGCCCACUUCACUUUGCUUAAACAGGAAGGCAACAGUCUGGUCAAGAAAGGCCACUUCCAGGAGGCCCUGGAGAAGUACAGUGAAUGUCUCGCCAUAAAACCUGACGAAUGUGCGCUCCACACAAACAGAGCCAUCUGUCUCCUGAAACUGAAUCGGUUCGAAGAGGCCCGGCAGGACUGCGAUUCGGCGCUGCACCUGGAGCCGAACAACAAGAAAGCCUUCUACAGACGAGCCCUGGCUUUUAAAGGUUUACAGGACUACCUUUCAGCUAGCAGUGACCUCCAGGAAGUCCUCCGACUGGACCCAAACGUCCGGGAGGCGGAGCAGGAGCUCGAGGUGGUGACGGGCUUGCUGAGACAGAGCCUGAUGGACAACACCGUGCACACACCAAGGGUUUGAUGUCUCCUGCUGGUUCACAUGUGGAGACAGGUGUGGACACUUACCAUACUGCUGCAGGACUUUUAAAGCAAUCGGCUACAGCAAGUAAGCAGCGUAGAAAUGCAAAUGACUAUUUUUGAACUCCUGGGACGAGAACCGUGGACGACCAGCUUUUCAGCUCUGCUUCAUCUGCAAUGUGUGCGAACCACACGUAACUCCUGAGUACACAAGCUUACAUAACGGUAAGCUUUAUUUAAAGAGGCUAAUGUCAAGGUACUUGUGACCCGCUCGCACUAUAAAUCAUUCACGUUAUGAUGUAAUGUCCAGUUUCAUGUAACAGGCUCCAGAGCACUCUUACUUGUUAAAGAGUGUUGAGAGAGGGGAAAGAGAGUGCGUAUCAAGCGUGCCUUACUGAGAUUUUUUACCACAGUUAGGAUGAAAUGCGCCAAGAUUAAAUGUUUAAUUUUGAUUGCGUUUUUUUUUAAAUCUGCUUUGAAAGGAAUGGAUCAGUGCAGUGCAGGCAGUGUGUGUUUGUGUGUUGCACAGCAAGAUAUGAAAGCUUCAGCUAUUUUAUUCCAAAGCGUUUGUUAUUGUUUACAUGUAGUGUGAUAAGAGCUGCUAUUAAUUUAAACAAGAAGCCAACAACAUCACAUAAACUAUCAUCACUAGUGUUGGGAAGUGCCCUAAAAGGCACUAACAUGAAUUUAAGCUUCACCGGUUAGAUUAGCUAAAAGAAAAAGUCUGAGGUCAGCACUUUAGAGUGGACCCAUGAUACUUUUCUUUAUUUCAUGCCUGAUAAAUGCUGCUGGAAUUUCAUAUUACCACUGUUUCAAAAAAUUACAUCAUCUUUUAUAAAGUAAUCAUUGUGUUGUGUUUAACACUAGCGCUGAGCUGAUGUCAGCGCCGAAUACCCUUCCUUAUAUGGUCAAUCAGCUCUAGCUAUGCCUGAAUAAGGAGGCGGAGCUAACAAGCACUGGGUUCUGUUUAGAAGCAAGUCGAAGGGCAGCCAAUCAGAAUUUGGGCUUAUAGUGAGGGGGAGGGGGGGGGGGCCUUAAAGAAACAGAAACUAAAAAGACUUGUUUCAGACAGACGAUAAAAGACCAAUAAGAUACAUAACGGUCACUUAACUGCAAAUCAAAUAAAGUUGAAUAAAAAUUUUGAGUGAGUGGGACAUGAACUAAAAGUCCCUUUUAAGCGACUUUUAGUUCACGUACCUCUCUGGGUUUAAAUAUCGCCCUGCUUAGGUUAGUGUUACAGUUUACAGAACAAUGCACUGUUACAGUAAACUCUUUACUGCACUGUACUGUAGUUCAGUAAUUAAUGUAAUUAAUGACUGUUUUGUUUUUGUGUAGGUAUAUAGUAGUUAAAUUAAAGCUAAUGUCCGCAUGUCUGUGCCCUUAUUGCUGCAACAAGACCCCCGAUAAGGCUCUGAUUAAACACCCAGAUAUAUUUAUCAAAAACUGUCAUAUUACAAGAAAAUUAUUUAUUAUAGUGAUACAAAUGUACUUUAUUUAAGUAAAAACAUCAACAACUCGUUUGAGUUGGGAGCCUAGCCUAUAAGAGAAAGCAGCAAUGCUUGCAAAUUGAAAGCUUGUUUCCACCAAUUUUGGGGGGGGAGAAGCUCUGAAUAAAAACAAAAAAAAGCUUCAUAUAUCUCAAUUAUUUACCUGUUAUCUCACCCCCCCCCUCCCCUCCCCAGUUUCAAGUAAUUAAUUGAGUUAAUAGGACUUAAACGAAAAUUUUGACUAAUGUACCGUAAAUUUUCUUUGGCAGAAAAGGCUUCCAUGGAAAGUCACUUUUCAGCUUCCACCCUCAGGCUUGUCAUUCUCCCACAUUUCAGCCUGCGUUUGUGUGCAGGCUGAAAUGUACUUUUACACACGUUUGAAAAGGACAAAUUAGAUGCUUACCAAGCUUUGCAAACAUAAUUUAUCACCUCUGUCAACUCUCCACAGGAGCAGAAGCUUUUGAAAUCACCCACAUCCGCUAUGCAUUUCUUUAAAAUGUAGCAAACUGUGCCACAGUUUAUUUUGCAAGUAUAAAAAUAUUAGGUUAGUUUUUCCAGUCUUGUUUUCCUUUGUGUUGUAAAAAUAAAAGGCUUAUCUUAAAAAAAAAAUCUUGAUGUAAAGCUUCAUUCAUGAAUGUAAAAGCAUGUACUGUAUGUAAAUAGACU